AGGAAGCAAGAGACCAGUUCAUCCACAUUAAUGCUGUGUUUGUAUUGUAGGUCUCUAGGAGCAGCUGAUAAUAGAAUUUAAUAUAAUUAAGAACGUACUACUUUGUAGGUCAAACGUGACAGAGCGAAGAUUUUUUAACCUGAAGUAUCAAACAUUAACACAUUCUCAUGGUGUUAUAAUUUCAGCUAUCCAAGAAGAACUAGCCCACAUCCUGUUCAGUUUGUCUUGCUUGAACAUGGUUUAUCCUGUCUGGCUAUAGACAGGCAACUAGACAAGCCUGGGAGAUUCUUAAAAGGUGUUCAUCCAGAAGAUUAAGAAGCUGAGCAUUCUUUUUAGAAAUUACAAAAACUAGACUGACAAAAUGGCUGAAAGAAUGACCCAUCAGCCAUUUUUCUACGGUAACAUCACCCGCGAGGAUGCAGAAGGCUACCUCCAGCAGAGCGGGAUGAGCGAUGGCCUUUAUCUGAUCCGACAGAGUCGUAGCAAUCUAGGAGGCUUUACUCUGUCUGUGGCCUACAACAGAGCAUGCUACCACUAUACCAUAGAGCGGGAAAUGAAUAACACCUAUGUUAUAGCAGGAGGAAAAUCCCACAACAGUCCAAGUGAACUCUGUGAAUAUCACUCUCGUGAGACAGACGGACUAGUCUGCUUGCUCAAAAAGCCUUGUAAACGACCCAAAGGAAUGGAGCCAAAAAUAGGGGCCUUCGAAGAUUUAAAAGAACACCUGAUAAGGGAGUAUGUGAAACAGACCUGGAAUUUACAGGGCGAAGCUCUUGAACAAGCAAUAAUCAGUCAAAGGCCUCAGCUAGAGAAACUGAUUGCUACCACAGCCCAUCAGAAGAUGCCCUGGUUUCAUGGCAUCAUCUCACGGGAUGAGUCAGAACCUCGCCUUCUUAAUGGACAAAGAACCAAUGGGAAAUUUUUAUUAAGGGAACGCGAUGACAAAGGCUCAUUUGCUCUCUGCCUGCUACAUGAGGGCAAAGUACUGCAUUAUAGGAUUGACAAGGACAAGACAGGGAAGCUCUCCAUACCAGAUGGAAAGAAAUUUGAUACACUUUGGCAGUUGGUAGAGCACUAUUCUUAUAAGCCUGAUGGACUGCUGAGGGUUCUCACAGAACCAUGUCCCCGGCCUGACUUGCCACUUGAUUCUAUAGAUCUGAGCUGUCCACCAGUUCCUCAUAAUCACCCCAGGAAUGGUGGAACAGGUGGAAUUUUCUCCAGAAUGAAAUCCUACUCCUUUCCAAAGCCUGGCUGCAAACAGAAGGUGAACGAUAUGGGUGUUCGUGCUAACAGCUCUGCACAACUCAACCCCUAUGAAAUGAGGCCAGGGAAUAAAAAACAAGAGGCUCUGCCCAUGGACACUGCGGUUUAUGAAAGUCCGUAUGCCGACCCAGAAGAACUGAAACCCAAAACUGUUCAUCUAGACCGGAAGCAACUUAUACUGGAAGAGAGGGAGCUUGGCUCUGGGAACUUUGGUACUGUGAAGAAAGGGGUUUAUCGCAUGAUGAAAUCUGAAAAAGCAGUAGCUGUAAAAAUCCUAAAGAACGAGGACAAUGAUCCAGCGGUCAAGGAGGAGAUGCUCAGAGAAGCAAACGUGAUGCAGCAACUGGACAACCCGUACAUCGUCCGAAUGAUUGGAAUCUGUGCAGCUGAGAAUUUGAUGCUGGUUAUGGAACUUGCAGAGUUAGGUCCCCUCAACAAAUUCUUGCAAAAAGACAAGCAUAUUUCCAAAAAGAAUAUCACAGAGUUAGUUCACCAAGUUUCCAUGGGCAUGAAGUACCUGGAAGAGAACAAUUUUGUUCACAGAGACUUGGCUGCCAGAAAUGUGCUGCUAGUCACCCAGCAUUAUGCCAAAAUUAGUGACUUUGGGCUCUCAAAAGCACUAAAUGCGGAAGAGAAUUACUACAAAGCUAAAAGUCAUGGGAAAUGGCCAGUCAAGUGGUAUGCUCCGGAAUGCAUGAACUUCUUCAAGUUUUCCUGCAAGAGUGAUGUAUGGAGCUUUGGUGUUUUGAUGUGGGAAGCAUUUUCCUUCGGACAGAAGCCAUACAAAGGUAUGAAAGGAAAUGAUGUCAUGCAAAUGCUUGAACGUGGAGAUAGGAUGGAAUCUCCCCCAGAUUGUCCACCUGAAAUGUACGACCUCAUGAAACAAUGCUGGACUUACAAAAUUGAAGAAAGGCCUCCAUUUGUAGUUGUUGAACGCAGAUUGCGGGACUACUACUACGACAUUUCGCAAUAAUUGAUUUUUUAUGGGCACAAUGCCUGAGACAUUAUCUUACAGUUGAGUAUCUGCAGUGAGAAAAAGAAACCUUUUCAGCAGAUGUUAAUACUGUAAGAUUCUUGCUUCACUGCUUUUUUCAUUACUUCUGUUUCAGAUUAGGAAUAUAGUAUCAACUACUUGGAUGAACCUAGGUCUAUCACCUCUUAGCAAUUUUUCUAUCUUUGAAAAUGAUUGCAUGAUUCCGUUGAGAUAAUAUAUUUACAAUGAGUGGCGUAAAUAUGUGUUUUAAUGUGUCAUAUGUCUGUUGACAGGAAAAGAGUAACAGGGUGACUAAUCCCUUUUUUCAUACAUUUUCAGUUUGACUGUCCACUUGUUAGCUUGUUUUAACUUUACUGCUUUAUUGCUUAUAACAAGGUAAUGCAGUAAGUUUAGAUUUAUAUGUACAGUAUUUACAAAUGUGGUACUAUCUACCAUUCAAUACAGUAUACUAUACAAUAGAGUAUACAGCUACAAACAUGCUACUUAAUAGAUUUAUACUAAGAGAAAGUAAAAACAUACUUAAGAAUAAAUUCAAUUUCCUGCUGCUCUCGAUGCAGAAUUGUUAAUUUAGUUGAUAAUAUGUUGUUGUCAUUUACCUUUCAGCAGUUUGUAAUGUUAUUUAUAAAAGUAAUUUUUAUUAUACAUCUGUCACCAUCAUGCUAAAAAAAAAAAAAAAAACAGCACAUUGUUUUGUGUCAUAUUUGUUUAAAUUAACAAUCAGUCAGAAAAGUAAAAAUGGUAAAGAUUUGUAACCUGCUAUCCUCUACUUUAUUACAGCUGUAUACUGCACAGCAUCACACAUUUUUAUGAAUGUUAAUUUGGUUAAAAAGUUUACUUUUUGAAAAAAGGACUUUUUAAAAUUAAAUUGUAUUUAAAAUCUGGAUUUCAUUAUCUCAUCUCAUUUACAAAAUUGUCGUGUCGUGGCAUACAUCUAACCACACACACACAAACAGACAACUACAAUACAGGAAAAGUCAGCUCACUUGUACACACACAUCUACUUACAGAUCUUAAAAGGAAACCGUUGUCAAAUAGAAAAAACCUGCAGCUGAAUAUCUGAUUAAGCUGUCUUAUAUCUAUUUAUCUUAACUAUGAAGUUUUA